CUCUACCACCUAAAAAUGUGCAAGAAUUAAAGAUCAUAAUAUAGCUAAAAGAGAAAGAAAGAAAGAAGAGUACUACUAAAAUGGAAACACCAAGGGCUUUUGCAAUCCUUGUUCUUAGACUUUUUACUAUGUUGUUGUGUGCAGCUUCAGUGCCACUCAUGGUUUCUAACAGCUUCGAACUUAGUGGAGGUGACAAAACCAAAUACAGUGAUAUUAAGGCCUACAGGUAUGUGGUAGCGGCGGCAGUAAUUGGAUUUGUGUACUCAUUGUUUCAGCUGCCAUUCGCAUUGUAUUAUGCCAUUAAGGGGAAGAGAGCUUUUCAUGGCAGGUUUCUUGGUCUGUUGGAUUUCUUCGUAGAUAAGGUGAUGACAUUCUUCAUGGCAAGUGGAGUUGGUGCUGGUUUUGGUGUAAGUAGUGAACUCAAACGUUACGUUAAUGGAUUUGUUGACACAAUGGAAACAUCUGGGAUCGAUACAUUCGACGAGUUAAGGAACAAGAGCCUAAAAUUCUUUGACAGGGGUAACUUAGCAACUACUCCCCUUCUUGCUGGAUUUACUGUUAUGGCUGUUCUCACAACUAUUACUUCCUACACUCGCAAAUGAAGAAGACCUACUACGUAUACUGCACUUUAUUUUUUGCUGCAAUGGUUAUCGAUCAAGUGUACGUAUAGUAAAAUAAACCUCGAUUGAGUCUUGUUUGUUAAGUUCGAGUGAAGUUUAAAUAAUUAUUUGUGUGUGUUGAGUUUUAUGGUGCAAUAAUAUUAUUGUGUACUGCUCUCUGUCUCAAUGAAUGAAUAUCAAGAGAUGGAUAUCUA